UGACCUUUUUGAUAUGGAUAUAUAAGACGACAUCGCCGUUCUAUCGCCGUUCACUGAUUUUUCUAUCAAAGCCAUGAAAGUCUUCCUCCUUUUGGCCGUCGUCGUUGGAUAUGUAGCAGCCGAGUCCUGCCGAAGUGAUGGCGACUGUUCACAUACACAGUGUGACAGCACCAGUCAGCUUCACUGCGUCCACGGGAUCUGCACGUGCACGGAUUCCUCUGAACACAGAUGUACAUCUUUGACGGAUUGUCAACGAGUUAACAACUGGAACUGUCCUUUGUCCAGGCGCCACUGUAUUGAUGGAGAAUGCAGAUGUACAAGACUCUAAAUAAAUACUCGAAAAUCAA